AAAAAAGAAAGCAAAAAAAAAAAAACAAUUAAUUUUUUAGUGAGAAACUUUAGAGAAAUAGGAAGAGCAAAGAAAAUAAUAAUAAAUAAAGGGAAAGUGAGGAAUUUCACCCUUCUUUUCAAAGUAACAAAUAAAAUAUACAUAGUCCCCGUCAACUAACUUUUUUUUGGUUUUAAUUAUUUAUUUUUAAUUUCAUUUACUCCUUUCUUUCCAUUGAUAGUUUGUAUUUGUUCAUUCAUCGUUUAAUCAUAUCAAAUAGCUAAUAAUCAAAUAUGAGAGUAACUCAUACCAUAUUAAAUUUAUUCUUCUUAGCUGGAGCUAUAUUAUUGUUAAUCUUAACUGUAUUAGCUGGGUCCACCACAAGUUUCCCAUUAGAUAAGUUCUUUUGGUUAGAAGCUGAUACUUCUCAUAUUCCAAAUGCUCCUCAAAACGCUGCUUGGACUUUCUGGGGGGUUUGUGAACAUGGUGAUUAUAGUCAAUGUACUUUAGGUCCUGCUUAUCCAAUUUCUCCAGUUGAUAACUUUAAUACUGAAGUUGGUGUUCCUCAAUCAUUUAUUAGUAACAGAGAUCUUUACUAUUAUUUAACUCGUUUCUCAUUUGCUUUUACCAUUGUUGCUUUAUGUUUCGCUGGUUUAGCUUUUGUUAUUGAUAUUGCUGGUUUAUGUUUCCUUGUUAUUGAUAAAGUUGUUAUUUUCUUAGUCACCAUUGGUUUAUUCUUCCUUUUUGCUUUUGCUGCUUUCCAAACUGCUGCUGUUAUCUUGGCUAGAAAUGCUUUCCAUAGUGCUGGUUUAUCUGCCACUGUUGGUUUAAAAUCAAUGGCCAUCUUAUGGGCUGCUGUAGCUUGUUUAGGUUUAGUUUGGUUAAACACUUUUGCUUCCAACAUUGCUACUUCUUAUAGAAAACAUGCUACUAACGUUCAAAACGCUAAAGCUGCUGAUGCUGGUAUUUUACCACCUCCAGGUGCUCCAUUGGGUGAUGAAUCUUCAUUCACUAGAGCUACUGCUCCAGUUAGUGAAGAUGCUGCUAAAGAAGAAGAUAACUCUGGUGGUAUUAGAUUCUUUAAAAUCAAAAGAAAUCACAAGACAUCUGAUGAAGAAAGUGUUUAAAUCAAGUUAAUAAUUUGAUUCAUUCCCAUACUUUAUUUAUCCAUCAAUUUCUCCUUUUUUAGACACUUUUAAGUUGUUAAUUCUCCCACCUCAAUAUAAGGCCGUUAUCCAUAUAUUGUUUCUGUAAGUUUGAAUUUCCAUCCAACCAACUAAUCAUUCAAUAAUCAAUCAGUCAAUCCAAUAAUCCAUUCAUCCAUCCAUCCAUCCAUCCAUCCAUCCAUCCAUCUAACAGAUUAUCCAAUCAAACUACUUACCUACCAUACCUUUUUUUUUAUCUUAAUUACCCAUUAUCUUUUGACUUUCUAAAAUCGUUAUUAUUAUUAUAAUCCAAGUAUUAUUAUUAUUAUUAUUCUUUAUUAUUAUUCCUAUUCUUUUCUUGUUUUAAUCACUAUUUUUGUGUUCCCACCCAAUAUUUGAUAAUCCAUUUAAUAUUGAUUAUUUACAUAUUUUAAAUACAUAAAUAAACAAAGUAUAUCCUGAACUUUUCGA